CACGCUCCAACUUUCAAACGCCGCCACCGCAUAAUUCUCCAAUCAUUCUCUGUCACCAACAAUAAUGGCCGCACCGCAACUUCACUUUCCCCCAGGAUUCAGAUUCCACCCUACAGACGAAGAACUCGUCGUUCAUUACCUCUGCCGCAAAUGCCUCAACCAACAAAUCGCCGUUCCCAUAAUCGCCGAAAUCGACCUCUACAAAUACGACCCUUGGUACCUCCCUGGAAUGGCGUUGUACGGAGAGAAAGAGUGGUAUUUCUUCUCGCCGAGGGACCGAAAGUAUCCGAACGGUUCGCGGCCGAACCGGUCCGCGGGAACCGGGUACUGGAAAGCAACCGGAGCAGAUAAACCGAUUGGUAAACCGAAACCGGUUGGUAUAAAAAAAGCCUUGGUGUUUUACGCUGGAAAAGCGCCCAAGGGAGAGAAGACAAACUGGAUCAUGCACGAGUAUCGUCUCGCCGAGGUGGACCGUUCCGUUCGCAGAAAAAACAGCUUGAGGCUGGAUGACUGGGUACUGUGUCGCAUAUACAACAAGAAAAGCGCGGUUGAGAAGCAACCGCCGGUCAAAAUUGAGUGUUCCGAACUGGCGGACGAGAAGCCGGCGAUUGCGCGGCCGUACGCGGAGGUAAAGGUGGCGGACUGCGUGAACUUCGAGGGGUCGGACUCGGUGCCGCGGCUGCUGACGAUGGACUCGAGCUGCUCGGAGCAGGUGGUCUCGCCGGAGCCGGCGAGCGAGGCGCAGAGUGAGCCGAAGAGGAGCAACAAUGAGUUUGAGUACAAUUACGUGGAUGCGAAUCUGGCGUCGGAGUUCCACAGCGCGAAUCAGAUGUCGCCGCUGCAAGAUAUCUUCAUGUACCUCUCAAAGCCAUUUUAAAUGAAAAUUAGUCGCUAAGACGUCGCCGUACGUGUGCGUAUGAAAGCAUGCAUCGAAUUUUGAGGUGGCUGCAUCGCGCGGGGAGCACGAGACUGAUCGAUGGAAGGUCCAUGAGUGUGCCCGUGCUGGUGCGCGCAGGUGAUAUUAUCAAAAACAGAAACAAAAAAUGUGAUUCUUACAUGAACAAUUGAAGAUGAUGAAUUAUGAAUGUAUUAAAUUAAUGAAAUAUUAAUACAUCAAUAGUCUUAUAGUGUUAAUGCGGGGU